GAAAGGGACCAUUAUAUAUAAAUAUAGAUACUAGUGAAUGUGUUACACAUGUAAUUAAUUAUAGAAAAGUUUACAUAAACUACUAUUUUGUUGGUAAGUAGUUUUUUACACAAGAUUAAUUUUAUGUUAUAAUAAUUUAUACAUUCCGAAUUGCUUUUGCACCUUGUGUUGAGUUCUCCAUUUAGCUGGUUUUGGUCUCGAAUUCUGCCAACAAAACAAGCUUUCAAUUAAUUUGGGUUUGUUUCUAAUAUUACGGUUUAUAUAUAUUUAUUUUCUAAAACUCCUUAUACUGAGAUCUGGAAUAUUUUCCAAUUAUUUGCCUAUUACGCAUCAAGUACAUUUUCCAAAUAAGCAAGAAUUCUAAUUAUAACAAACACUAGGAGAAAAUAGGGCUGAAAAUGAUAAUGGUGGAAAGAUAUAGGACGGUGCCCACCAGCCAAUACUGCAAGAAAAUUUGAAAAAUUACCAUUUGAAGAGUUUACCAUAAUACCCAAAUGAGAAAAGACACCCAACACUUUUAGUUCACUGCUUUUUUUGGUCGUGUCCAUAAUCGUUUUUGCUACUUUUGUUUAUGUUAUAGCUUUGCGUGCCUAACUUCCAAACUUCAUUACUGCCAAUCUCUGUCAUCAACAUUACUUUCUAAAACAGCCACUUUAAUCAGUCUACACGCAGAAACAUUACAUUAAAAUAUGAAAUUCAAAGAAAAAGAACCCUCAUACAUUAUAUUUCUUACCUCCCACGCUAAUCAUCACUGAACAUAUCCCCUUACAUAAUAAAACCCUUCAAACCUCACUCUAGAUCUCACAAUCUCAAACCCCAUUUUCUUAACUCAAAAAUUUCUCAUAACAAAAAAUAAACACAUUUAGCCAUGUUCAAAACAAAACUAACAAUCUUGCUCUGGCUUUCUGCGUUUGUUAUCGCUCUAUUUUCCAUGAUCAUUUCUCUCCACAAAAUCCCUCUUUUCCCAACCAUCACUACUCCUAACAUUAGUCCUGGGAACAGUUUAGAGCAUUCUAUUUACGAUAGAAUCUUCAAGCAAAGUGACAGUGAGAACUUGUUUUCUCACCUAAUUACAAGCAUGAUGUCUACUAGGAGUAGUGGUGGUCAUCAUCACCACCACCAAAAUAGGAGGAAACCCAAUUGUGACCAAAGCAAGUGGGAAUCAAGUUUAAUAAACAAGUACAAUGCAGGCCUCGUUUUGACAGUUGGGUUGGAUGGCUGCGCCAAUUUCAGCAGUGUCCAAAAGGCAGUUGAUGCUGUCCCUGAGAGGAGUUCUUCUAAGACCCUCCUCAUAAUUGAUUCUGGUACCUACAGAGAAAAGGUAGUUGUGAACGCUAACAAAACAAAUUUGAUAUUCCAAGGACAAGGGUAUCUAAACACAAAGAUAGCAUGGAACGACACAGCCAAUUCGACUGGGGGAACAGUCUAUAGCUCUUCUGUUUCAAUCUUUGCUCCUAACUUCACUGCCUACAAUAUCAGCUUUCAGAAUACAGCCCCUCCUCCGUCACCGGGAGUAGUGGGAGGUCAGGCGGUGGCGAUUCGGGUGGCUGGAGAUGAAGCUGCAUUUUAUGGGUGUGGAUUCUAUGGCGCCCAAGACACGCUUAAUGAUGACCGUGGUAGACAUUAUUAUAAGGAUUGCUUCAUUCAAGGCUCUAUCGAUUUUAUAUUCGGAAAUGCUAGAUCACUCUAUGAGGGGUGUAGCAUAAACUCAAUAGCAGAAGCAGUGACGUCAGGGAUUAGUGGAGCCAUAACAGCACAUGGAAGACAAUCGAUGGAGGAGGAAACAGGCUAUUCCUUCGUCAAUUGCACCAUAACAGGCACUGGAAAAGUCUGGCUUGGUCGAGCUUGGGGAGUUUACGCCACUGUUGUUUUCUCAACAACUUACAUGUCUGAUGUCGUUUCUUCUGACGCUUGGAAUGAUUGGAGGGACCCCUCGAGAGAUCAGUCAGUGUUUUUUGGAGAGUACCAGUGCGAGGGGCCGGGGGCAAACUACACAUACAGAGUCUCAUACGCAAAGCAGCUCCAGAGGGCCGAAGCAGCUUCUUUUAUGGACAUUUCAUAUAUCAAUGGAAAUGACUGGCUUUUAGAUCAUCCUAACAUUAUUUCAUCUCAAUAUAAACAGGAUUACCAUAGAAAUUACAAUGAUCAAUUUUCUUCAUACUAAUUACUCAGAUAGCUAUUGUUAUCAUCUUAUUUACACAAUUUUAAUAUUUAUAUAUACAUAACAUAUUUCUAUGC